AAAACCUGUUCCAAUUAGUUCAUAUAAAGCAACCGAUUGAGUGAAUGAAUUAUUGAAAAUAUGUUGUCUUACAUCGCCAUAUUUGCCCUCUGCGUUGCGUCAACGUUGGGAGAUCCGAUAGUGUCCAUACCCGACGGACAAGUGCGAGGGCUUGAACUGCAGACAUCCAGCAACAAGUCAUUCUACGGUUUCCAAGGAAUACCCUACGGUCUACCUCCGGUCGGGGAUUUGAGGUUUCAGGCACCCUUACCAGCUGAACCAUGGAGCGGAAUAUUGAACGCCACCCACGAAGCCAGUCCGUGUAUAUUUUUAGUAAACUAUUCGUACUAUCCAGAUCCUCUCGUCGAAAAUGAAGAUUGCUUGUUCAUCAACGUUUACACCCCUACGUUGGAUUCUUCCUCUAAAUUGUCCGUAAUGUUUUGGAUCUACGGAGGUGGAUACGUAGGAGGCUCUGGAGAAUACAGAUACUAUGGCGCCGAUUAUCUCGUAGAAGACGACGUUGUCGUCGUAACGUUCAACUAUAGGCUCGGACCUUUCGGAUUUUUAUCCACCGGAGACGAAGUGAUUCCCGGAAACGCGGCCAUGAAGGAUCAGGUCCUCGCUUUGCAAUGGGUGAAGAAGAACAUCGAAUAUUUCGGAGGAGACCCGGACAAGGUCACGAUUUUCGGCGAGAGUUCAGGAGGAAUGUCCGUUGGUCUGCACUUGAUUAGUAAACAAUCAGCUGGAUUAUUUAGAGCGGCAAUAUGCCAGAGCAGUUGCACGAUCGUACUGGGCUAUCAACUGGAUCCCAAGGCGUUGAUUUACAGUGUCGCCCAAGUGCUGGAUGAGAGUAUCACCCGACAAAACACGUCGCAAGAGCUAAAAGAGCUUUUGUUGAGGACUCCAGCCGACGUGUUAAAUAAUGCUUGUACACAAGUGGACACGCAUUUGUUUAGACCAGUUUUGGAGGUAGAUUCGGAAGGCGCUUUCAUGACGGAACCUCUGUUCGGACUUAUCGAGUCGGGGAAUAUCAAUAAGGUUCCGUUGAUAAUUGGAACUUGUGAAGAGGAAGCUCUAGGGUUUUUAAAAACACUGGACAAAUUAACUGCCACGGCAAACACUUGGGAUACGGACGUCGAGUCACUCAUCCCAGAAGACUUGAUCCCGUUGCCAGGCUCAAAUCUAACCGAGAUCGGACAAUCCAUUAAAGAACUCUACGUGGGAAAAGGUGGAUCGUUUUCUACUCAGCUUGCACAAGCGCUCGCGUACGACACGGACAAUAUAUUUCUAAGAGGUACGAUCAAGCAAGUCCAACUGCAAUCGAAAUACGCUCCGGUGUAUCUCUACAAAUUUUCAUUCAACGGGACCAAAAGUCAAGAUCACUAUCACGUGGAAGGAGCCGGAUAUGUUGGCCAUUUUGACGAGCUGCCGUACAUAUUUAAGAUGGAGCCUUUCCCGCUAGUAACAGAGGCGGACGAUUUAGCGAGGCGAAUAACUACCAAACUUUGGACAAACUUUGCCAAGACCUUAAAUCCGACGCCGACGCCCGAGGAAACGGAACUGCUGCAGAACGUGACGUGGCCACUGGCGACCCCGGAAAAUUUGCAAUACUUGAACAUAGAUACCGCGCUGGAAGUGAGACGGGACGCGAAAAGCGAUAGAUGGGCAGGAUGGGACUAUAUAUUUUACAAAUACGGAACUCAACCGUUUAUGUCAUUUUAAAUUGAUAAAAAUAAAUC